AUGAGCAUUGCGAUGGAAACCGACGAAAAGAGCCCAGCUACUUUUCUACAGAACUAUGUAAUCUGUGUCAGCGGAUACUCUGUCGAUGAGAGACUCCUCCUCAAGAAGAUGAUCGACUUCUGUGGCGGAUAUUAUAUGGAAGACAUGGAGAGCAGCUCAGUGACUUACUUGUUAUCUAAGAACCCAGCUAGUGAUAAAACAAAACACGCGAUGAGGUGGGGUGUUCCAGUCUUGACACACCAAUGGCUCUUCGAUUGCAUGUAUGAAAGGAGGCUGUUGUCCAUUUGCCCAUAUCUGAUCAAUGCACGGAAAUAA